AUGAAUGCAAUGUCUUCCUUUGUUCGCGUUAGUUGCAAACCACCCAGAAUUCGUUGCUUCAACGAUCUUAUUAAGGAAUUGCAUCGAAUUUUUGAAUCAGACUCAGUAAAUAUAGAAUAUGUCCAAGAUGUGAUGGCCUCGUAUCGAAGUAACCCGAAAGAAUGGAGAAAAAUUGCGAAGUUCGAGAGAAACACAGAAGGUAUUUUUUCGAUGCCAGAAGUAUGCCAUUCAUUUAAUAAACGUCUUGAGUUAACAGCAGAAAUUGGAGUAAAAGUAGUUGAACAACUUUCUGGGGCGCUAAGAGAAUUUCGUUAUAUUUGGUCUUCAGAAAAGCACGAGAUGAUACCCUUUAAAGAAACCAUACUACAUGUGAAUGAUGUAACUUACAUAAACGAUUCACUCGGUCUUCACCUUAUGAAAAACAGGAGCCAUUCUGAACCAGCAGUCAGCUUGCAUCUGUACUAUCCUCCAUUUGACCAAUGUCACAUAUAUGAUCAGAGAACCGGUCUUUACAGUUUAAAGGAAAUGACGUUCUGGAGCAAGAAUGUGAACUACACCGGAAUCCAUUAAAUGAAGCAGAUGCAAAGACACAAUGGAAGAAUGCGAAAACAAAUGAAAAUCUAGAAGCUAAAGCCGUCUUGACAUAGAAGUAUAACCAAUUAUUUUCUAGUACUGAGAUCACUUUUUACUUGGAAGCUAUAGUUCAAGUUCUACAUACUACAUGUGAAGUUUUCUACUUUAACGUUUAUCAUGUUUUACCUAUCCUAUUUCGGCUUAUAUGUAUUUGGUAACAAUCUUAUUACACAAAUAGGGGAUGCUAGAAAGAACAGACUUUUAUGUGCAUGACAAAGUCAACGAAAAACAAGUCGUGUGGUUGAUGAUCGAUAAAAGAACAGUAUUAUACAGACUACGAUUUAUCAUUUGUAAUGGAAAUGUUUCAAAAUGAAUAAAA